UGCGGUCACACUGCUUUGUUGCUUCUCAAACGAAAUAUUAACAAUAAAUAUAUUUUUCACUUUACAUUUAUUUACUUAAAAAUGAUGCAGAUGAAAGAAUACAAGGAAGUGCCGCAAGACGCGCCACCUGCCGCACCUGGCGAUAAUAGUAAAAGCCCUGAGCCAUGGAUGAGCAUUCCAGUGGGAAGCAACUGUCCACAAGGCCUUGAAUACUUGACGGUGCUUGACCAGUUGUUGGUCUCGCAGAAAAUCGAGAAACUGGAGCUACUCACUGGCUUUGAGGCAGCGAAUCGCUUUAAGGUGAAGAACUCUUUGGGACAGAAUGUCUACUCCGCGUAUGAAGAGAGCAAUUGCUGCACUCGCAACUGCUUGGGCCCAGCUCGUCCAUUUGAGAUGAAGAUCUUGGAUAAUUUCCAAAACGAAGUGUUUCAUCUGACCCGUCCAUUUCGCUGCGAUGCCUUGUGCUGUUUCCCCAGCUGCUUGAAUAUCUUGGAAGUAUCAGCACCGCCAGGUCAAGUGAUUGGCACUGUGGAGCAGGAGUGCACAUUCCUUAGACCCAAGUUUGUGAUUAAGAAUACUUUCGGCGAUGUUGUGCUCAGAAUUGAGGGUCCCCUAUGCCCUUGGAAAUGCUUCAGUGAUACCAACAUGAAGGUAUUCAGCGUAAACAACGAACAAAUUGGCAAGAUAACCAAACAAUGGUCCGGACUUGGACGCGAACUGUUUACCGAUGCCGAUUACUUUAGCGUCACAUUUCCCCUCAGUCUGGAUGUGCGCAUGAAGGCGCUGCUCUUAGCCGCCGUAUUCUUAAUCGACAUUAUGUAUUACGAGCAUUAGAGAGCAACAAACAGCAACCAUCGACAACUUCAUCGACUGCUUACUUGUUACAUUUUAAGUUUUCUUUAAACUGCACGAAUAUUUACGUACGCACGUAACCAACGCAAGAACAAAAGUCUAUUGGCUAUCAGAAUCUCCACACCAACUGCAUCGAAA